AUGGCAACCUUGGAUGGGUAUCAGAUCGAGUCGAACCUUAAGGUAACAUCCUACCUCUGCUCGAGUAUCUGGUCAACAGCGCUGAUGUGUGCGAAGAGCGAGUACGCCGCGAUGAUCUUUUUUAUCGCCUCCCUCGGCUUCUCGAAGCUUGCUGUCGUAGCCUUCGUCCAUCACCUAACGCCUUCCGAGCUCCAUCGGAGAAUCAACUUCGGCGUCUUAGCUUUUAUAACCCUUUGGCUGGUGUGCUCUGUGUUGGUGGCAGCAUUCGAAUGCCGGCUUCCACGGCCAUGGGAUAGGACAUUGGACCGGUGUAUCGAUCGUUUGACCUGGUGGAAUAUUGUCACCUGCUUCAACAUCAUAACGGAGAUCGCGAUCGUGGCAUUGGAAUUGGGCAUAACAGCGCAACUUCAUAUAAGACGCCAACGGAAAGCAGCGGUUAUGACGCUCUUUUCAUGUCGGUUACUAGUUCUAGUUGCUGCUGCGAUCCAGCUUGGCUUCUUCAACCGCGAAAGCACCGAUACCGCUUUGAAAGACGAUCUGACACUUGGUUACUGGCGUUCGUCUAUCUGCAACCAGAUCGUACAAUGCUUUGCCAUCGUAACUACGUGUCUUCCGUACACCAAACUCUUCAUGGAAGGAUUUGAGUCUGGGCUUUUGCGCUUAGACGAUCUGCGCCGUCGAGGAGAGCAUACUUCCAAAGAUGAUAGUAAAGGGUAUCAACUCAUGGACAUAUCGCGAUCAGGACGCUCCGAGAAUUCUAAACGCUCUCAAAGCGCACCCGAUAGAAGUAUCCAGGUAUCGAAGAGCUGGGCGGUGCAAGUAGAGCCCGUAGCUCCUAUGCCGGCUACAACAAUAUCGCAGUGA